AUGGCAGGAGACAGGGGUACUGGACGGCGGAAACGCCACUGCGGGAAUGCCGCGGGGUGUGCCCCGCCACAUAGAACUGAGCAGCCGGCGCCGGGGAGAGGAAACGGCAGCAGCAGCAGCAGCAGCAGCAGCAGCGGAAGAAGAGGAAGCAGCGGAAUAAGUGGCGGUGUUACUAGCAGCAGAGGCAGAGCAGCGGCAGCGGCAUUCGUUCGGGCCGUGGCUGUGCUGGUGGCGUUGCUACUGCUGGGCGUGGCGAGCCUCGGGGAUGUGGCCGAGGCCGCCAUCACGUUCGUGCCGACCAACGUUGCGCAGCUCUCACUGUACCAAACCGCGCAGAUGCGGUUCGACAGCAACCCGUUCAUCGGCGACCCGCGGAUCCGCGACGGCGAUACGGUUUAUUUCGUCAAGGACGUUGCAGGCGUCAGCUGCAGCGACAGCGGCAGCGGGGACCCCGAUAACACGUUUGCCGUCACCCCGCUGAACGGCCUCGGCCUGAUAGGCUACGCGACGAUUGUCGUGCGGAGCUCCGUCUUCUCCUUGGACGCCUCGUACCUCAUCUGCUACAUUGCGCAGGGCACCGCCUUCCUGAUUGCGCGCGCCAAGGACAGCGGGCCCCCCGCGCUGCUGGUCUGGCCCGCCGUGUACAACCGCCUCGAGAUGCAGCCGCCGACGGCGUCCGGCGGGCUGGGGCUGGUGUCGCUCGCCGUGAGCGAGGCGGCCCAGGCGGGGCGCCCCGUCAAUCAGGGGCUGACGGGGGCCAACACCAUAUUCCUCCUCCCGUGCCCCGCGGCGGGCGGCGGCGGCGACUGCGGCGGGCUCGACAAGCUGCCGCAGCUCUGCGCCGGCAAUCCGUACGGCGGCGUUCAGCUGAGCGACCUGCGCGGGGCGGGGACGACGUCGGUCACGGGCAGUUUCACUGUGCCGUACGUCCCGGACCGCAACGGCUACGCGGUGUGCGUCCCCUACUGCUUCGACGCCGCCGUGGGCUGUGGCGUGAGUGUGGCAAUGUCCUACACCGCCGUGACGGUGCCGCCUCUCACGUUUGCCGCGGCAAACCCGCUCACUUACGAACUCACCCCCGCCGCGCCCCAGGCGCGUGAGAAGGGCUAUAUGCUGCUGCGAGGCACCGAACUGACGGCGAAGGACGAGCUGACGGUCAUUCGGGGCGGGAGUACGUGUGCGUCAAAGGCCUCGCCGUUGCUGGAGAACUUAGAGCUUGGCUCGCUCGCGGCUGUCAGCGCAGAGGUGGUGAACAUCACUUUUGUCGCGCCGGAGCUCAUCCCGCGUGCCAUGCGCGGCACUGUGUGCUACCGCCGCGCGGGCAACGCGUUGUGGUCCACCGUCCUGCGGGAUCCGCGGGCGGAGGUGGACGACUUUGUGAUUGAGGUGCUGCAGCCGACCGGGUUUACGGUGGCCCCGGAGUCGCCCUACACGGGGGAGCCCCUCAGCCUCUUCUUCAGAGGCACGGGCCUGGACGCGGCGCGGGAUGCGGCGAUUUUGACCACCUCCCUGGACUGUGACGCCGCCGCGGCGGCGACGACGACGUUUGAGUGCCCGCUCACCGGCGGCAGCGCCCCGCAGUGCACGGCCCUGAUAGACCCCCCGACGGACCUCGGGCUGACGCUCCACGUUUGCUACCGCAAGGAGGGGGUGGCCAACUACGCCCGGGUCCGGGGCCACGUCGUCACGCAGAACCGCAACCCCACCUACAACCUCAGCCCGUACCCGCUCUACGCCGGCCAGCGCGGGACGCUGACCUUCCUCGGGCAUGGCCUCUCCCUCGCCGACAGCGUCCGCUUCAUCGCGAGCAGCGCCACCUGCGGCGACGGCAGCCCCGUCUCGACCUUCGCCAUCGCCAACGGGGUGGAGGUGGCGGCCGGUGAGGUUUACAAGUACGACGUGGUGGGCACCGGCAAGCAGUGCCUGCAGGUAUGCUACCGCAUCUCCGGCUCCGUCACCUGGUCCGUCGCACGCCCGCAGGUGAUGACGCCCGUCUCAGACGCGUGCCCCGCGCAGGACCUGUACGUGAGCGUCUACGGCCUGCGCUACGCCGUGCCGAACACCCCCGUCACCGCCAAGGAGACCGUCACCUUAACGCUCUCCUUGAUACUGCCUAGCACCCUGAAGCUCGUGCGCAUGGAUGACGCCUGCGCCGUGGCGUUCUGCACGCACGCCGGCGCCCUCACCACAGCGUGCGAGGUGAGGCAGGAUACGGACGACUUUGUGUCGGAGUUAAGCGGGAAAAAGGCCAACCUACUGGCUGGCGCGGCGAACACAAGCUACAUCCUCUGCGCCGCGAGCGGCGGAGACCCGUACAUUCCUGUGCUGCCGAAUGGUCAGCAGGAGGAGUCCACGAGUUUCGCGUUUGUGACGGCCGCCGCGAACCCGGUGCUGGGGAGCCACGCCCCGCAGCAGUGGCGCGUCGCGUUUGCGUCGCUCCGCACAACGUUUGACGGCGCCAGCCUUGACAGCGACACAGAUGCGGUGCGGGCGCUCUUGGGCGGGUCGUUGCUCUCCGCCACGGCCCGCGUGUGCCCCUCUGCGGGUGCGGUGGUGCAGACGGCGUUGGUCGCACAGGUGCUGCCGGGCGCCGGCACGACAUCCACCACGGCGGCGUACAGCCUCUCCCACCUGCGGCACACGGGGGACGAGGUGCACUUCUGCUACCUCUGGGACGCCGGCAGGCGUGUGACGUACGCAGGCUCCCUCGUCUUCGCGGCGCGCCUGCCGUCGGAGAUGACGAGUUCGCCGCCGCCGCCCGGCGGCUUCCGCGCCGGCGCGCCCGUAUCACUGAACUUCACCUCCAACACCACCGCGCUGCAGGCGCAAAGCGACAUCUUGUUUUUCUACCGCUUUGACGCGGUCUCGCACCUGGGCACCGGCUGCUACUGCGGCCUUGAGUGUCCGGCGAAGGCGCGUGUGACGUACCCAGCCGUGCCGCUGGUUCCCGGGGCCACCACCGCCGCCGUGUCGUGGACGAACCCGCAGGGUUUUGACAACUACGACUCCGACUCCGUCUACGUCGUCUGCUACAACGUCACCGGGGCCCAAAGCGCGACGUACAUGGGGCAACUUAGCGUUGGCAUGGCGCAGCCCACGUACUACACUGCCCAAACCGCGGGAGACACCAACCGCGUUGGCAGCCCCAUCACGCUGACGGCCACGCAGCUCUGCGUCGGCGCGAGCUGCCGCACUUUGAGCACCAAGGACGAUAUGCGGCUCAUUCCGGCGACGAAGACGUGCCUGGAUCUGGUCACAGGUACGGAGUUCGGCGACGUCGUCGAGCCCAUUGGCAACGCGACCGUCACGGGGACGUCGUACGUUCAGCGGGUGGUGGUAAACCUGGCGGGUGACUACCGCGUGUGCUACCGGCUGGACGCCGCCUACGAGGAGCUGACCUCCGACGUUCAGCGCCCCCCCACCCCGCUGCGUGUGGACGCGGCCGAUCCUGUAAGCUUUGCCGCCACGCCUGCGGCACCGUCGGCGGGGCAGCUCAUCUCGGUUCAGUUGUCGUGCUCCGACGGGCGCUGCAGUGUCUGCAGGACGCUGCGGCUGGUGCCGGGCAACAUGGCCUCCUGCUGGGUGGCUGUGAGUGGCACCCUCGCCAGCGACACAUGCCUGACGACGAAGGUGUUGGGGUUUCCCAGUCAGUACCCGCCGCAGGGCACCUUCACCGCCUGCUACGGGGCCGCGAUGACGAACAGUCGCCGGGUGCCAGGGGCCCUGGAGGUGGCGGCCGCCAACCCUGCCACCUUUACGGCGUCCAACGUGGACAUUUUCGUGAAUCAAGACUCUGCGGUCACGCUGACGCUGGUGGGUACCGGACUGACAUCGCAGGAUCAGAUCUUUCUGCUCACGACGAAGGGCUACUCCUGCCAUGACCUUGCGACCAACGUGCUGCAAAGCAAUGGGACCCUGCGUCUGUGGUUUGCGCCAAGCAUACACCCGAACCCGAUAACGGUGGACGCCGCCGGGACCGGCGCGACGUGGGUUGUCUCGGAUCGCACGCACCGCUUUGGGGAGGGGCUGCUUUUCGACCCCUCCUUCUGUGACAACCCCGGGGUGUCCUGCAGCAUGCGCCUCUGCUACAUGCGCAGCGGCACCAGCUGGGCCCCUGUGCCGAUUGAGGCGGAGCCGGAUCUCCGUCUGCUACCGCCAAACCCUCUGAACGCCUCCUUCGACAGCUACCCACUGGCUGUCGGGAUGUACUCGGCGGUCACCGUUUUUGGACAAGGGCUGACCGCCGCGGAUACCGUGGUGGUGCGAAGGAACACCUGCGGUGGGGUCGCCGUCACGGUUCCCGUCGGCACGGCAACCGUCAGCGCGGAUGGGACGCAGUGGGUUGGAGUCGUGCGCUUCACCGCGGCGGGGGCGGUGAACUACGCGGUCUGCUACACCUUUGCGGCCGCCUCGACGGAGAUUGGGGUGGUGCGGGCGGGGCGGCGCAGCGUGCUUGUGGUGCUGGAGGAGUUGUACUACCUGUACGACGCGGCCAACCUCACCGCGGGACACGUGCUCUCGAGGUACGAGGCGCUCAUGCUGGGCGCUUCCUUCGCCAAGGCCCCGGAGGACAGCCUCGCGGCGGCGGCGGUUAUCGCGGCGGACACCGAGUGCAACUACAUGCCGUACUACGAAAAGACCGGCCUUGACCAGGAGUUCGCGGUGCUGCUGGAGCUGCAGCGGCUCGCGCCGCCGUACUUUGGCGCGCGCUUCACGCUGCCGGCGGACACCUACGCGCUGUGCCUGCAGGUGGAUCUGGGCCUCUUCCGCGUCACGCGGAGCGUCGGCGGGGCGUCGAUGACCACCACCGCGGCGAACCCGUCGGGCUACACCGCGUGGCCCGAGCUCCCGUUUCCCGACCAGCCCUUCACCCUCACAUUCCCCCUGCUAGACGGGAGCGUGGGCGCGGCGGACACGGUGGCGGUCAUCGACGGCGGCCUGUACGACUGCGGCUACCGCAACACCACCAUCGCCGCGGAGUAUCCGGUGGCGCCCGACCCCUCCGCCGGCGCCCACGUGGGGGUCGUCGCCGAGGCCACGCUACCGGCGCAGAUGCUCGGCAAGGCGCUGACCGUCUGCUACCGGCGCAGCGGGGGCACCUUCGCCACCGUCCCCCGCGACACCCUCGUCGACCGCAACUUCCGCCUGAGCCCACAGAUACCGAGUGAGUGGACGUGGGCCCCGGUGCAGCCGCAGGCCGAACGCACGCUGCUCAUCACAUUUCUUGGCGACGAGGCUCAGCCCGACUUCCUGCAGACGACGGACCGCGCCGCGCUGGUGGCGGUGCCCGCGGGGGGACAAGAACCGACGUGCGAGGCGGCAGCCGCGCUGGUCAGCGGGGAGCUCGAUAAGGCGGGGGCCAGCACGACGUGGACCAUCGCCGCCAGCCUGACGCAGGAGGGGACGUACAUCGUUUGCUACACGUCGACCCGAAACGGGGCCCCGGUGCGCGUCGACCGCCCCCCGCUGCUCACCAUCUACCCCCUGCAGUCGCCCAAGGGCAUCUUCAAGGGCACGGGCGGCCCCGUCAACGUCUUCAGCGGGGAAAGGUUUUAUUUGAUGUUUGACACGUCCGUGCCGCUGGACCCCGUCCUCUCCUACGACAGCGCCGCCAGCGAGAAGGAUGCGGUGCUGUUCUCGACCGAGCGCGACUGCUCCGCGCCGCUGCCUGCGUCGCAGGUGGCCACCAUUCCCGCCGCGUUUCAAUACAAGCCUGUGGUGGUGAAGAACCCCUCCGGCAUCGUCGCCCCCUACCUGAACCUCGUCCUGGCUACCGGCGCGAAGGAGCUUGUGGUCUGCAUGCGGCGGACGGGCCGGCACGAAGGGGAGGCGUUUUACAACUACGAGAUGAUUGGCGACUUGACGGCCCCUGCGACGGUGCGGGUGAGCGAGGCCCCGAUUACAACCUACGCGACUGACCCGCAGCACCCGCGGGCGUGGGUUCCGUCGACUGUCGUGACGCCGACGUACGGCGGCGACUACGUCGUCGGAGACUUCUCCCAGCUCUUCUUCGCCAACAGCACCGCUGCAGGCGGCGUUGUGGAUGACUGCUACCGCCCGACGGCGCAGGAGGCGGCAGGAACGCCGGCCGAGGGCGUCGUCCUGCUGGACACGACGCUGCAGGUGGAGCCUUCAACGGGCCUCAUGUUGCUUCCGUUUCCGCGCGCUGGCCCUUUUCAGUUGUGUCUGCAGCUCCACGGCGCUACGCAGCACGCCGCCUCUGUGCACGCCGCCGCGCUGCAGGUGCUGAACCCCUCCCCCACGAUGUACGUUGUGCCGGAGAUCAUUGCGGUGGGGGCGCCCUUUCAGAUGGCCUUCCGGGCGCUGGACGACAUCUUCGCCCCCACCGUGACGGGGAACGUGGCGGAGGUGUUUGUGGCCCCGGCGGAGGUGGUGGACGGGGAGGCGGCGCCGGACUGCGCGGCGGGGGUGCCCCCCGCCGGCGGUGGCGCGACGCGGUUUGACAGCUUCACCGCGGAGAGCGACACCUACGCGACGGUGCAGCCCCGCAUCGAGGAGAAGGGGUACUUCUACGUCUGCUUCCGCGUCUAUGACGCCACGGCGUCCUUCGCGGUGCCAAACGCGGCGGGCGGCUUCGUCUUCUCCGUCGGCCUGACGGGGGCGCAGAGCUACGCGGUGGCCCCGUCCCCGGCGUACAUGGGCGAGCUGCUCAACAUCACCAUCCUCGGCAACGUCCUGAGCAGCGCGGAUCACGUGAAGCUCGUGGCGGUCACCGGGGACACGCCGAGUGCGAACUACAGCGCCAGCUGCACGGCGGCGGCGCCGGACGCCGACGCCGAGGAAAUCCACGGGGCAGCGGGCAGCGAGGUCGACGCGGUGAGCCCCACGCAGGCGCAGUACACGCCGCGGGUGAACGCCACCGGCGACUUCAUCCUGUGCUACCAGAGCGCUGCGCUGGCUGACGCGUGGGUGUGGGUCUCGCAGCUGCACAGCUUUAGCGUCGGGCCGCCGCACCCUGACGCGUACGUGCUGCAGCCGCUGCCGUUCUACGCGGCGGAGGUGGGUCAGCUGCGCAUCCGCGACAGCCCCAACACCGCCCUACUCACGGACGCGGAUGAGAUUAGGCUGGUGCAACGUGGCAGCGGCGUCGCCGGGUUUGACUGCUCUGCGGCAGCUGCGGCGAGUCCGGACAUCGGGCUCCUGGAGCGCGUCGCGGCCAUGAGCAACGACACCGAUGCCACGUACCAACUCUGCGCGCUGACGACGACGCAGGUGACGGUGUGCUACCGACUGAAGCGCGGUGCGUGGGCGGAGGUCCCGCGGCGCGUGCCUCCCCCGUCCUACCUCUUUGAGCCCGCCGUGUUUGUCGCAAGCCCCUUUGCGGGUCCCACAGUCACCCCGUCCGCGCCACGCCCGUAUGAGCCGUUUGUCCUGGCCUUUACCAGCAGCGCGGCAGACGUGGCGGUGAACUACGUCGGCUUCGCGCCCGCCCCGCAGCAGCUCUGCACGCCAAACCCGCCGUAUGUGCAGCCGGUGUAUUACGUGAAGAACACCACCGUGGCAAACACCUUCACCGUCGCACUUCCGGCGGCGGGCGAGUACCAGUUGUAUUUGGGCCCGCACGCGGCCGAGGGGGACCCGCGCAUCGCCCACGGCCGCACCCUCACCGUGGCGCCGUGCGACCCGUGCAGCUUCGCACCGUCGUACUCCUUUAUUGAGAAUCACGUGGCGUUGCGGUUUACAAGCAGCGGCGGCCCCAGCUUGGGCCUGCAGGACACCGUGCGCCUCGUUCCGGUCAGUCAGGGGUCAAGCGGCAACCCGUGCGCGGCCCCAAGCGGGGCCUUCGCCUCCCUCACGCUGGAGGCCAACGCGACUGUGAGCACAAGCGCCGCCACCGUCUUCAACCUCUUCACCGGCGACACGGACGCCUCGUGUGGCGACUACUACCUCUGCUACCGCAAAGGGGCGGCGGGCGACGCGAACUACGCCCUGCUGACGGACACAGCGGGGCAGCUGUUGAACUUCUCCAUCUACCCCGCCCUUCCGACGCAGGCGGUGGCGUGUGAGAGCCACCCCGCUUUUCUGGAGACGGUGACGCUUAACUUCUCGUUUCCCGCCGCCGCGUACCCGAAGCUCGCCUUCUCCGCCCAGGACGAGUUUCUGCUGCUGCCGCCCAACGUGAGCUGCGGCGCCGCGGCCGCCGCCACCGCGCCGGGGGUGCUGCACCCGGUGCUUCUCACCCUCGUGGGGAGGGGGCUGGCGGUGUGGCUCGCGCAUCUGCCCGGCGGCCGCGCGGCGACGCGGUACGAGAUUUGCUUCCGCCUGGCCGCCGACGCCGUGGCGCGCGUGGUGGCGCCCUCCACCCUCGACGUCGCCCCGCAGGACCCGGCGCAGGUGGCGACGGAGCCGUGGCUCAUCCAGCCGGAGACGGCGCAAUUCACGAUGCAGAUCUACGGCGACCGGCUCUCGGCGAAGGAUGACGUGUACGUCGUGGACGCCUCGCAGCGGUGCGACGAGCGGUGCGGGGAGACGCUCGCCCCGCCCCAGUUGGCCUCCGCCGUGUACACCAAGACGCUUCGAAACGCCACACUGAUGGAGCUGGAGUUUACGCAGCCCCUCAACGAGGAAGUCGUGAUGGCGCUCUGCUACCGCCGCGCGGGGCGGCUGCUGGUGCGCCUCGCCGUCUUCUUCGUUGGCAACACGAACCCGGAGAAGUACGACACGGACUUCGUGCCGCGCCUCGGCACGCGCCCGACGCUCACCUUCCACGGCGUGGAGUUGACCCCGCAGGACCGCGUCUUUAUUCUUCCGGAGGGGAUGAACUGCGAGGCGAGCUACGCGACGGCGCUUGGGUCGCUUCGCGACGUUGCGGCGGAGGGGACGCGCAGCCGCUUUUACGUCCCCCUCGCCGCCCCGGUGGCCGUGGGCCCCUACGCGGUCUGCUAUCUCGUCAACGGCAGCGUCGGCUACGCGCUCAUGCCGGCGGCGCUGGAGGUGCAGGCCGGGGGAGCGUCGCAGUACCGGACGAGCAACACGCCGAUGCGGGCACGGGCGACGGUGGUCACCUUUGACUACGCCGGCGGCGUUGGCGACACGGCGAUGAUUGCCUGCGCCGGCUGCAGCUGCUGGGACGGAGCCGCCGCGGUGCUGCCGUACGGCACCCCGGAAGGGAACGCCACGGAAACGCAAAGGGAGAUUGCGCUGCGGGUGGGCUUCGACGACACCGCCGCCUACGCCGUGUGCUACCGUGUGUCUGACAGCGGCUACGCGCAGGUGGGGGCGCUGCCGCUGCGGCCGGCGGAGAACGCCCCGGACGCCGACGCUGUGGCGCCAACGCCGACGUAUCAGGGGCAGCGACUGCUGCUCACCGUGACGGGCUUUGAGCGUUCGCCGGCCAAUAGCUCGUCAACGGGGGAAGACGCGAGGGAGAAGGAGGAGGAGAAGCAGCGGCAGCAGCAGGUUAGCAGCGACGUCCUCCUCCUUUCCCUCCACCGCGCCCCGACGACGGAGGACGCGGCGAUGCUCGUGACGGUGGACCGCCGUUGCUGGGACACCCCCGCCUUGCAGGCAGCCGGCAUCCUCGCCGGCCCCUCCCUCGUGGCGGAGGUGACCGCCAACGAGAGUGUCUGGCGCGGGCACGUGCCCUCCUUGGGCCCCGGGGCGCUGCCCCUGAGCAGCUUCCCCACGUCCUUUACGCUCUGCUACCGCGAGGGUGGGCAGGAUGAGUUUGUCACGGUGCCGUUUCCCUCCGACCCGUCGCUGAUGCUCCCCGCGGACCCGUCCAGCUUCGCCACGGUGCCCGCCAGCGUCUCUAGUGGCAUGCUUCACGUUGGCAUGACAUUCCCUGGCGCCGCCGACGGGGACACCGCCUUUAUUGUGAAGUACGCCGGCGACGUGCUGGAGACGAACCACGCCUGCGACGAUGCGACCUCGGUGGUGCUGACAACCGCCGGGCCAACGCAGCCGUCGUACAUCUUCAGCCUCCCACCGCUGCUCACGGCAAGCUCGGUGGUCGUCUGCUAUGUGCGUGCGGGGGCCACCGUGGCGGAGGUGCCGCGGCUGCUCCCGCUCGUGGCACCGAACCCCGGCGGGUACGUGAUAAAUACUUCCACGGCGGAGGCGCGGCAGCGGCAGUACUUGCGCCUUACGCUCACCGGCGCCGGCCUUGACCCCGCCACCGACGCGGUCGUCUUCACCGAUGCGUCAUGCGCCAGCAGUGGGACGUGGCCGCCCGUCUCUGCCGCGGCUGUGCGCCGCGCCAGCGCUCUCGCCGCCGCCCCCGGCAGCAAGCAGGGAACCGCCCUGACGCUGGUGGCCCAGUUUAUCGAGACGGUGCCGGCGAAGCUGUUCGUUUGCUACCGACGUGGGGAAGUCUGGAGUGAGGUGGGGACGCCGUUCGCGCUCGUCAGCCCUGUCCCUGACAACCUGACGCUUAGCCCGCCCGUCGGCCUCGCCCGCGUUGGGCAGCACGUGCAAAUCGAACUCCACGGCGCCGACGGCAAGGGGACUCUGGCGGCGGCGGCGGUGAUCUCCGCCCUUGACUCCAGCCCCGAAUCGUGGUGCCAGAACUUCACCGCGGCGAAGGUGCAGGAGCCGCUGCUGCGGGUCGUCAACGACUCACUGCUCGAAGUUGCGGUGUGGCGCACCGCCGGCCCGGCGCGCGUGUGUGUCCGCUACGGGGAUGCGCCGUGGUCGGAUGUGGCGCUGACGGCCACCGGCGCCGUGCAGGAGGUCGUGGUGGGGGGCCCCAACCCGUCGUCCAUGCGGCCCUUCCCCAACCCGCCGCGCGUGGGCCAGCAGGUGACUCUGACGUUUCAGCUCGAAGAGGCGCCCAGCGCGGGGGACCGCGUCCGCGUCACCCUUCCGGAAGCCGAUGUAGCGUGCGAGCAGCUGCAGCCUGCGCCAGGCUUUCCGAAGGCCGUGCCGGUGGUGCCUGACGCGGAGGCAAAGACGGCGAAUGUUACGCUCAUCGAUGACACGGACCCGUUUGCGUACCGAAGCUUCAGUCAGGCAGGGCAGUUCCAGAUUUGCUACUACAGUGCGGCCGCGCAGGCGUGGAGCCCCGUGGGGGGCUCGAUGGAGACGAGCGUUCUGCAGGUGCUGCCGCUCGCGCCCGGCAGCUGGAGCUCCGCGACUGGCGCGUCGCCCGUCUUUGCUGAGCCGUUUGUGCUGCACUUUGAGGACGCCUCCGGCAGCUUGGAUGCCUCCGGCGACGCUGCCUGGGCGGCGCCCCCGAGCCAGUCCUGCGGUGUCCCGCCGGCCGACUGCACAGAAUGCAUUGUGUUUGAGUUCAACGCGGCGGCGUCUACGGCGGCGCGGGUCACGACAAAGCCGGCGGUCUCUCUCAUUCUGGGCGAGUUUAACGUUUGCUACCGGCUCGCCGACGCCACGGCGGCGCUGCUGUUGCCGGCGCUGGAGGUCGUGGCGGGCGACAUCCGCUGCGUCGAGCAGGCGAGCGUGCGCGUGGGUCAGGAGCAGAACAUCACCUUCGAGAAGAAGCCGGGCGUCGAGGUGGCGCACGACAGCUGGCGCGUCUCAUUCUUCGGCACCAGUGCGACGAGCUGCGGCAGUGGGUACGACCCGGACUUUGUCGAGGGCCGCGCCCGGCUCGUGGGCAGCACCGACACCAGCGUGACGUACGGUGUGGAGUGGCCCGUGGCGAUGGUGAGCGAGCGCUACCUCAUCUGCUACACGCACGACGGCGUCGCGCGGUCCGUCUGCACCUGCGCGCAGCUGCAGGCGCGGUCGGGCGAGUGCUACAUCUCGACGCUGGAGGCCUCCCCGCGCUGGUUUGUCCCCAGCCCGGACCCAACCUACGUGGGGCAAACGGUGCAGCUGCGCCUCACGCUGGACCCCGCCAUGGCAAAGUACCCCGUCACCGAUGUGAGGCUCGUCACGUACGUGGACCCGCUCACCGUCUGCGACGACCCCGCGGCGUUCCCAUUGCGUGGGACGAUGACCGCGGCGUCUGCCACGCUGUACGUGUUUGAGUUCAACUACCCAUACACGCAGGCGCCGGGGACGUUUAUCGUCUGUGCGCUCUCGCCGACGCUCUCCGCCUACUACGCCCGCGUCGGCACGGUGCUCCCGGCGACGUCGUCGAACACGUUCUCGGUGCGGCCGUACAUGGCGCUGACGACGCUCCCCAGCGCCCCCGACCUCAUCCGCGCGAUGCAAACGCUCCGCCUGACCUUCACGCACAUCUCCUCCGCGGCGGACGACGUGGUGGGCGCCGGGGACCGUGUCACGUUUGUCGCCUCGCCGGAGGACUGCGUGGAGGCCGUCAUUGACCACACCCCCGCCGCGACGGUGAUGCGCCUCUUCGUGGCGGACGACACCUCCUUCGCGACCGUCCCCGCGCCGGUGCUGGCGCCCAGCAACGUGACGCGCUCCUCCCUGGUGGAUGUCACCUUCGACCCCGUCCGCGGACUCGGCGAGCAUGUCGUCUGCUACAAGCUCAGCCGCGGCACCUGGGCCCCGGUGCGGGGCACGCUGCAUGUGCUUGCCGCCGCCGUGGAGAAGUGCGAGCUGCCGCCGUCGACGUCGAGCCCCGGCAGCAGCGGCGGCGCGAGCGGGCGGGCGAUGCAGUACCUGCGGACCAUCAUUGUGAGCACCGAGGAGACGAGCGGGCUGCGCGGGCCGGAGGACGCGGUGCGGGUGGUGCCGCAGUCCUCCCCGUGCAUCGACGACGCCAGCGCCGUCUUCCUCUCCGGCGUCAGCAUCGUGGACAAGGAGAAGACCGCCGUCAUCGCCUUUGCCCCGAGUGCGGGGGAGUUCAAGAUCUGCUACCGCAUCGGCGGGGCGCACAGCACUACCGCCAACUGGAGCCCUGUCUGCACAGGACUGGAGCUCACGGCGCCGACGCCGACCGGCGCCUUCACCGGGUGCCUGCGCCUGGGGCAGUGCCUCACCGUGACGGCGUCGCAGCGCAGCGGGUUUGGCUUUACCCUGACCGACACCUUCCGCUUCGUGACUGGCGCGGACCAGUGCAUUUACGCCAACGACACGCAAACGGUCUCGGACGCCAUUACUGUGGGGGAUGCGGCGCAGACGCUCGCAGGAACGCCGGUGACGAGCAUCGGCCCCACAUUUGUCCUUCCCGCCGCUCUGCUGGGCGCCGGCAGCACGACGUUCCGCCUUUGCUACAAGGACGCCGUGGGGAACCAGUUUGCCGUCCCGCUCGACGCCGAAGACCCUGACCGCUCUGAGUUUGCGGUGGCCCCGCGCCUGCUCGCGUCGGUGCAGACACCGGGCAGCAACACCGCGGGGCAGCGUGUGCUUAUGCUCUUCACUGCCGCACAAACUUCGCCGGGCGGGGCUCUAACGCCGUUUAGCGCGCUGCCGCCCAUCCCCUUCUCGCCUGGCCCUGUGUACGACGGCAGCUUCGAUGCGGCCACGGCGCUGCACCUCUCGCCCGCCCUUGCGUACCGCGACGGCCGCUGUUUUGUGGCGGACCCCACGACGUACGGCGUCUACGGCAACCGCACGCAGGUGCUGGGCUCCUUUGACCCCGUGCAGGGCGGCGCAUACGUCGCCUGCUACAGGGCGGUGGGCUGCAGCGUCGAGGACGUGGGGCCGCUGAUGCAAGUAGGUGGGCCCAACCCCGCGUCGUUUGCCGUUAGCCCGUCCACGCCGCGUCGUGGGCAGCUGCUGCGCGUGGCGUUUGUGCGCAACAGGGAGGACCCGGACGCCCUGCCGCUGUCACCCGGCGAGGACCGUGCCGCGGCGCAGGUGAACCUCCCCUCCUGCUGGACGCUCCCCGCGGACGCCGGGCAGCGCGUCGACGGCACGGCGGAUACCACCGACAUCACCGGUGUCCUCUUCGCUGCGCAGCCGCCGUAUGCCUCGAGCGUGUCUCAGAUGCGCCUCUGCUACGAGCUGCAGCAUGGCUCCUGGUCAAAUCUUCCCGCCGGCGUCGUCCUGCUGCAGCCGGCCAAUCCCAUCAGUUUCACGGUGCAGGACGCGCCAGCGCGGGUGAUGCAGCUGAACUACAUCGAAUUCACGGGCAAGUCGCUCGGUGCGAUGGACCGGGUGAAGGUCAUUGCAACGUCGAGCUCCUGCCCCGACGCGUCCGUCCCUCCGAAGGGAAUCGUCUCGCAUGCGUUUGGCACCGGCGCCGCCAUCCCGGGCACCGCCGAUGGAUGGACCGUGACAAAUGCCACAGCGAGGAGCGCCAUGAUAAACAUAAGCAGCACCGAAACAGGCACGUUUAGCGUGUGCUACAGGCUCGCCGCGGACACCGUCUGGACGCGCGUGUACGGCGACCUCGUCAUCGACGCGCGUGACCCGGCGGAGGUCGUGCAGACGCCGGCACACGCGCUGGAGGGGGAACUCUUCACACUCAACUUCACUGCCGCCGGUGAGGCAGCCGCGUUGUCGGCGAGCGACCAAGUUGCCUUGUACACCGGCGACGUCCCCUGCCUCGCCCCUGGCAAGGCGCCGGACGUUAUUAUCACGUCGCCCUCACGCACGGAUUUGUUGCCGAGAAAUUUGUUCUUUCAGAUUGCCGCCGAGACGCGCGGGGACCACACGCUGUGCUACUGGAAAUCUGACGGCCGCAGCAUUGUUUGGGGCUUUGGCACAGUGGUGAUUGGGCCCAACCCGCUGAACUACACCACAGUGCCCGCCGCCGCCGCGCUGCGCAGCAACCAACUGGUUAGUGCCGUAUUCUGGGGGUUUGGCCUUAUUGCGGACACGCAGGGGGGAAAGACGGAUCGGGUGAAGCUGAUACCCUCCGAGGCUGCCCAGACGGAUGGGGCCUGCCAGACGGUCGCGUCGGCGGCGGGCAUCGAGUACUACCCGCUGGUUGCCAACGGCACGCUGUCGGUGCAGGUGUUCCGCUCCCCUCCCCGCGCUGCGAGCGACUACUGGGUCUGCUACAAGCUUGACGGGGGGCAGUUUCACGUCAUGCCGGGGGCCGCCCUGGCGCUGGGCGCGGCCGACCCCUACGCUGCGACGGCGUCGAAGAGCGGCGACGUCCUCUGGGACGGCGAGAUGGAUACUUGGACGAUUAGGAGCACCCAGCCGCCUGUGGCGGGGGCCCUUGCCUUUUACAGCGUGGAGCAGUGCAAUGACUUCCCCUACUACGUGCACCCGACGCCCUCGCCGGCGCAAUUCCCUAACGGCGUCGCUGUUGUUCGCGACGGCGUCGCCCAACUCCGCACCGGCCCCGCAGGCGAUGGCGGCGUCACAGUCGCGCUCUGCUACUACGCCGCGGGGGCGAUCACGAUGUUGUCGGGGUCCGCGGUGCGGGUGGUGCAGGGGGUUCCGCCGCCGCUGGCCGCGCCCGUCCCCGCCACGGCGCUUCAGGCGUUUCAGUUCAACCUCACCGUCGUCCCCACGCCACUUGACUACGUGGUGCUGGUGGCGCACCCGGAGGCCUGCGUCGGGCUGACGGCGCCGGCAGUCACCAGCGACGUCUUUGUCGACGUCCUCGACGCCGGCGGCCACGUUGUGGUCACGUCCGCCGUUGAAACGGCGGGGACGUUUUACAUCUGCUACUCCCACCGCAUCGGCCGCUGCGGCGCGGGCGCCACCGAGGAGUGCGCCCGCGUCGUCGGCACGGUGGAGGCGGCCGCCGCCAACCCCUCCAACUGGACCAUCACGCCCGCCACUGUGUUCACGUCGGAUGAGGUGGAGAUUACGCUGCUGCGUCCGGCCGACGCCGCCGCGAGGGCGCUGGAGACGCUUUGGCUCACGCCCAUUCACCCCGAGGCGGCCGCCACGAUGAAGCAGGUGGCGGCGGCGUGCAUACGGACCAUGACCGGCGGGGACCGCAUUGAACUGCGGCCGAAGCCGCAUCAGAGUGACGUCUGGACGGCGCGGCUGGACGUGGUGGCGGCCUACGCCCUCUGCUACAUCUCGAAGGAUGCCGCGCUGCCGACCAUCUUCCCGCCCCUCUCCCACGCCGGACCGGUGGUGCAGUUGACGAACGUCUCCUCCGUCUUCUUCGCCGCGACGCCGGUCGUCGGUAUAAACGCCACUGUUGUUUUGCAGGGACGCGGGUUGUCGCAGGACGACCAGCUCGUGGCAGUUGGGCUUCCCGCGGGGCGAGAGCCGCCCGCCGACAUCUGCAGCAACCUGAGCUACACCCCACGCGUCACGGCUGUGCCCUCGACGGCGGGCUACGGCUUUAGCGCGAUUGUCUACCAACUGCUGUUCGCGACGCCCAGCACGUACACGCUGUGCUUUCACGCCACAGCGUCCACGGGGCCCAUGCUUCCGAUCACGACAAACCACUUUAACGUGAAUCCCGCGGUGCUGAGUUACACAGUGAUGUCCGUGGCGCUGAACAACACGCCACUGGAGUUGGAGUUCCAGGGGAAAGGGCUGCAGGCAAGCGACCAGGCGGCGCUGCUUCAGCUCCCGUCGGUGACGGGCGUCGGCGGUGCGAGCUGCGCGCUUGGGGACUACACGGCGGUGUCGAAGGUCAGCGCGGACGGCACCACCAGCCUCUACAUCACGGUGCCCACGCAGCCAGGCAAUUACGCGGUCUGCUACCGGAAGCCGUCCUUCACGCCGAUCCUGCUGCCGUCCCCUGUCAGCGUCUCGGAGCGAACGGCGACGGGGGCGACCUUCACCGUCCGGCCGGGGUGUGCGGCGUUGGAGACGUGCUCCCCGCAGCCGGUGGUGGCCCUCACGAAUGCCGCCGGAGAGCCGACCUCGGACCCCGGAGCCACGGUGGCGAUGCACCUACGGCUGGCGGAUGGAAAGGCCGCCGAUGAGCUUCUCACUGGGGGCACGGUGUACACGCAGAAGAACUACAGUGUGUUUUACUUCUUCGUAGUCGCGGUCUCCACCGCGGGGGAGUACACUAUGGAGGCGGAGUUUACUCUGCGCGGCGGCGUGCGGCUGCGGGCCAGCCUGCCGAACCUUGUUGUGGGAAAGGCCGGGGAAAGGCAAGGGUUGGCGGCUGUCUCCUGUGACCCAGUAGGCAUUAUCGAGCGCCCGCUGCUGGACCUGGGUGAGAGCAAGCCGGCGGCGAAUAUCACGUGCGUCAUCGCGGCAAGGUCGCCUUUGGCCCCCACAGCCUACACUGUGCAGCUCAACGCGGGGCGGAGCACGGAUGUCGUGAUUGACGCCCACAGCAGCAGUGGCCUCCCGCGGUACAACUUUACCGUCUUUCCGCCGUACGACCAACCUAUGAUCCAGUUUGUCUCCAUCAUUACGAGGGCGGCGCCGCCGCUGGAGAGUUGGCCUGUAACGAACUCCCCAGUGAUUGUUCGCAUUGGCUCGGAGCCUGAGGAGGGCAGCACCUUGUCGUGUGCCUCUGACUCGGCGGACCUGCCAUCCAGCACGAUGGUCCGAUUUAAUAGCAGCGUCACCUGCCAUGCACAGGGGAGGCGCAGAAUCGGUGACGUGGAGGUUAACAUUGUGGCCCUGCCCAAGUACAUGAAAAUUUCCCGCGAAUACAACGACGAUCAGAGGACGGACAAGGCGGUCGACAUUGGCGCCUACCCAGAAAACCUCGACGGGGACUACGAGUUCCACGUGGAGGUCGCCGAGGUGUCGCAGAGCAUGUCUGUCCUUGGCUUUGUGCCCACGGCGCAAGGAAGUGGCGUGUACACGCCGAUGCAGGGAAGUCCGUCGCGGUUCACGGUGAUUGGCGAGCCCCAGCCUGGGGAGUCCAGCCUGGCGUGCGAGUCAGCGGCAACCGGGUCAGAGCUGUGGUUCACGCCGGUGGGGCCCUUCCAGUGCACGCUGUCGCUGCGCGCGGGGGGGAUGGCCGUGAAUGGGGUGUCGCAGGACUUUUUGGUGACCAUGCCGCAGGGAGGCAGCACCCAGCCCAUUCCCAGCGACACGUGGGGCCCCACCCUCGCCAUUGCGGGGGCGGCGCCGCCGAUGGCGCAGAAUGCGACGACUCCGGCGGCGGCGUCGCAGCUUUUUAGCGUGGUCGUGGCCUUCACGCCACUCUCGCAAAUCAUUGCCACCGCCACUGGCACACUUGUGUAUGCCACUUCCAUAGACGCGAAGAAGGGCGGCGGCGGCAGCGUCGCUCUCAUGUUAACGGGCUCUGGGUUGAGUCCGCGCAACAGGUACGGCGUGCGGGCGACGGUGGAGUGUGACAAGGGCGUGGAUGCAGAGGCCAGCGUGACGGGCAGCGGCGCCGCUAACACGCAGCUGCAGCUCGUUGCCAAGGCGCCGGCCGAUGUUUUUUACCUCUGCUUUGCGCCCAGCGACCAGCACACACGCUGGCAGCUGCUCUCCAACGUGGUGCUGAACCACCACGCCGGCGGUGGUGUGGGUAUGUGGACCACGCUGCUCAUUGUUGGGGUGGUACUUCUCUUCCUCCUGCUGGUGCUGCUGGUGGUGGUCAUCUGGCGGGUCUGCAUGCUGAAGCGGCGCGAGGAGCCGCAGGAUAAUCUCAAGGCCGUGUACCUGCCACCGCGCGCAAACUACCGCUUUCUUCGCCGCGACACGCGUCGGACGCAGCAGCCGCUGCUGCCGGCGCCAAGCCCGCCGUCCUCGUUGCCGACCCCGACGCAGCCGCCCGACGGAGCCGCGGCAGCGCCGAAGACGCGGGGGAACAAGACGCAGCUGCGCAUCAACGUCAACGACCGCGACGUCUACUCCGCGGACGUCGCGCUCGACAGAAACGGGAAUACGAUGGCGCGGCACGUGGGCCCCGCGGAGCUGCAGAAGCCGGAACGCCGUGGGAAGCGUGGACCGGAGCCACGCCCCCCCGUCGUGGACACCGACUCCAGCGAGGACGAUAUGGCGCGUUUUAUUCCGCCCGUCCCGCCGCCGCUGCCGCCACGGGACGACGACCCCGCUCCACUUAUUGGGGCCGUUGUGGAACCCACAGAGGCGCACGUGCGGGCGGCGGAAGAAGAGCCCCGCUCCGGGCCGUAUCAACACUUGCACCACCCGCGUCAAGAGCAGCCGCCGAUGGAGGCGCCGCCGCCCGCCGCGGUGGCGGCAGCACCGACGACCGCCACAGCCCCGGCCGCUGAUGAAGGCGGCGGCGAAAACGCGCAGUGGGUGGGACCGUUUCUUGUGCGGGGGCACACCUCCCGGCCGAUGGUGAGCCAGCCGCCCGCGGCAAACGGUCACAGCAGGAACGGGGAAGUAUAG